AUGGGUUUAAAAGCACCCAUUUGGAGAAUUUUGUGGAGCAAGAUGAAGAAAGAAAAGAAGAAUACUCAUUUUAGUUAUGAUCCAUGUGAGUAUGCUCAAAAUUUCGAUGAGGGGUUAAUGGUGAAUGAUUAUGAUGAUCUCUCGAGAUCGUUUUCGGCUCGUUUCGCAGUCCCGUCUACUGUUGUUUUCGACAAGGAGUCCCACUGUCAUCAUCUUCAUCACCCCAAACCUUAUCUCACCAUUAUCAUCUUCUUUACCCAACCCACCUCCAAUCUUACCCCAUCACCAUUACAAAGAUUGGUUUUGAGUAACAACAGGUUUACAGGGGGUAUACCGAAGGAAAUUGGAAGUUUAGCUUCACUUUCGGUUCUUAAUUUGAAUUCGAAUAAUUUUUCUGGUGUCAUUCCUGUUGAAAUCGGGAGAUGUAGUUCUCUUACUACAUUGGAUCUUGGUAACAACAGGUUUAAUGGGUCGAUUCCGGUUGAGAUCAAUGGUUUAUCUCAGCUGCAAUGCUUGGUGCUUUCGAAUAAUGAUCUUUCGGGUAGGAUUCCUUCUUCGAACGGUUCGAAGUACUUCAGGGAAGUUGGUAUUCCCGAUUCGAGUUUCGUUCAACACCAUGGGUUGUAUGAUCUUUCGCAUAAUCGGUUGACUGGUUCAGUUCCGGAUGAGUUAGGAAACUGUUUGGUUGUGGUGGAUCUUUUGCUUAAUGAUAACAUGCUUUCCGGUGAAUUACCGAAAUCUCUAGCAAAGUUGGCCAACCUCACGACGUUAGAUCUUUCCAACAAUGUGUUAUCCGGUGGUUUACCUGCUGAAUACGGCCGGUCGAUGAAACUUCAAGGUUUGUAUCUGGAGAAUAAUAACCUGACUGGGAGUAUCCCGCCUGAAUUAGGCCAACUCCAUAGUUUGGUUAAGCUUAAUUGUCUCUCAAUUAUAUAUGUUUGGUGA